AGCACUAAUGCACUGAAAGUAUAUACAUGUAUGGAUGGAUACAAACAACAACCAAAUUUGGAGGACAAGAUUCACUGUGUUGUGUACGUCUUGGAUGCUGAAAAACACAGUACAAACGCUGACAUACAUGCAUCUUUCAUUACUGCUGAUGUUAAGAAGCAAAUUGAGACUAUUCAAGAAAAGAUUGAACUAAAAGGAAUUCCUCAACUGAUUUUACUGACCAAGGUGGAUAGCAUUUGCGAAUCGACAAGGCAGUCCACUUCAAAUGUCUACCGGAGUUCUCUUAUCAGACAGAGAUGCAUAGCUGCUGCUGAAUGCCUCGGUUUAAACCCAAUGACGGUGCUACCAAUGAGAAACUACUUCUCGGAAGUGUCUACCACGGAAGACAUCAGUAUCCUUGCGCUGUUCAACGUCCGACAGAUGCUGCGAUCAGCUGAUUCAUUCCUCCGUGUCAACCAUCUCAAAGAUUUUCAAACAUAUAAAUAGGAAUCUCAAUUUAACCUAAAGAUGCAUUUGUUAAACGUAUUUUGUAUGAUACAAACGUUGAAAACAUGGUAUUAAUGUAUUUUGUAUUUCAUUAUAUCCUCCACACACACGCGCGCUUUAGUAAAGGGAGUGUGGUGUACCAAGUGUGAGAGUAUGUCCAUGAUAAGUCCGUUAUAAGAUUUUCUUCAAAGUAUCUGGUGGACCUCUGGACAGAUUUAGUUCAUAUUCACACAAAAGUCUCACGCCGUCAAGUUCUUCACGUGAUUGGAUAAUGUUGAUCAUUGGUCUUGGUCAAAGGUGUUCACAAUCAUGCUUUUGAAAUAAUAAGUUUUCGUACAAGCUUAUGAAUAAUUGGACAGAUGUAUAUGUAGUUCAUACAUUUUUACAAUAAGACGUAACACCAUCAAAAAAUAUGAAAAAUUCUACUCCUGUUAGACUUUUAUGGUAAUCAGUCAAGGUUAAAGUUCACAUACCACACUUUACGACUUUUGAAAUUGUAUACCUUUAAAAAGUUUAAGCAUGUCUGGCAUCUGAACAUUAACAAAAGCAACACUUAUGAUUAAUAUGAUAUCAGUUUUCCGUAGCACCCCCUGCUAUCAAAACAGUUGCGUGUAAAUCAUCUGCUCUUACAGUUUUUAUUCGUAGGGCAGUAGUUGAAUUAUUGACAUUUUAAGUUUUUAAAUCUAAAAAGUUAAUUUCGUCAUCUCAGUUGCAAUAAAACAUGUGUCAGUCAAACUGUCACGACCAUUGUUUUGAUGCCAGGUAUACUUUAUGUAGGCCUACCCAGCGUGAUUCGAAUAUAAAUGGUAAUAUGAAUCAGAAGUGUAUGAGCCAAUAAAUAUGAUUAAUUUAAACUGGUAAUUAGCCGUUUUCCACUGCUCCCUUCCGUUGUCCUGUCAGUUGUUAUUUAUACUCUAGUCAUUUAUGAGAUUAAGUGAUUGUUACAUGACAUGACAUUAUAUGUAUUUGUUUUAUUAAGAUAUUUUGAUGAUAUAUACAUUCUAGCUUUAAUGAAGUCGAUGAGUUUUUCCUUAACUUUUUCAUAUUAACGGCAUUUUACACAUGUCUGUGUGAGUAGAUACAUAUGUUUCCUGUUGAACAAUAUUGUAAAUGAAUAUAAUACAGUGCAAUCAUUACUUAGUUUGAUAUUGAAUAUACAUAAACGUAUUAAAUUUUGUACUUAAAUGGUUUACACAACAGCGAAAGUAAGGUAGUCUGGGGUAGGUAUAUCUCAUCCUACACUUUUGUAAUUCAUUAGCAUAGUUAAUUUAUGAUAUAGUUUGUAUUCAUUUUAUGCUGCAUUUAUCACUCAAGUUAUAUUCAAUGUUGCCAAUCACUUUUAUAUCUUUUGUACAACUAAAGUAUGCAAUAUACAAGAUUUAUAUAUAUUUUUUACUCUUAAAUCUACAGCAUUACUUACUAGUAUUCAGUAUUGCUUUUCAAUUGAAAUAGUGUCAUGUGAGUUAAGAAAAUUAAUUUGAAUCUGCUACAGGAUAUUUGUUUAUACGUUAUUUUUAUAUUGUCUGUUAAAGAGAUUCUCCUUAUUCUUAACAUUUACUUGCUUUCCCCAUGCAAACUUAUACUUAUUUCCUUCUCAAUACUAUUGUAAUAGCUAUACCAAACUGUUUUCCCCAUUGAUGUUGUCGGGAUAUAUUUUUGAUAUGAUACAAAGACAAUGUUUGUGUGUCGCACAUAUCAAUAGUAAAACCCAAGCUUCAAUCCAGAUAGAAAUGAAUCUCUUAGUAAGGAAAUAAGAUAGGAUACA